GCCCGCUCCCGUACUCUCAUUUCUCGCUCCGGGCCAACGCCGUGCUAUAUUUACGCAUCGCUAAACGAGCGUAGCAUGCCUCGCAAUAAAGCCCGCGCCAGCCCACAAAUAAUGUCGGAAAUAUCCCCCUCGCUUUAAUAAUGCUAAGUGCGAUUUAAAGGAGCCUUCUUUUCUUGCGGUUGCACAAAUUUUAGGGGCUGCUGAUGAAUACGAUGGACGAAAUGACAGUGCAUGUGUCGGUAUUGAAGGACAUACGAGGAACGCAUCUAUAGCUGCGAGGAGAGUGUCUUCUAAGACAUCCCGAAGAAGAGGGGGGAAAAAGCAGAAAAGAAACAUGUGUAGGCUGCGGGAAACAGCGAGGGAUCUGUGGAGGAUUGUACAGAGGACAUGGUGCUGUUGGCUUCUUCUAGCAAGUCUCCAUCUAUCAGAGUGCUUCGCUUCCGAAGCGGCCGACAAACUCUUCUACAAACUGACACACGAGAAUAACUACAACCCCAUGAUACGACCGGUUGUGAACGAGUCGGACACAGUUGUGGUCAAAUUCGGCUUGUCCGUGUCCCAGCUCAUCGACAUUGAUGAGAAGAACCAAAUCAUGACCACUAGUGUCUGGGUCAAACAUACUUGGAAGGAUUAUCAACUGACCUGGGAUCCUGACGAAUACGAUGGAAUAAGGUAUCUACACAUUCCGUCAGGUCUACUAUGGCUGCCGGAUAUACUCUUGUACAACAAUGCGGAUGGUUACUACGAUGUCCGGUUUCUGGUCAAUGCCAUCGUUCACUACGACGGCACCGUGCGCUGGCUACCGCCGGCCAUCUACAAAAGCUCCUGCGAAAUCAACAUCGAGUUCUUCCCCUUCGACGAGCAGAACUGCACCAUGAAGUUCGGGCCCUGGACCCACGAGAGCCGGAAGGUAGACAUGGUCAUGGAGCAGGACAUCGUGGACCAGGAGGACUACACAGAGAAUGGGGAAUGGCAGAUCGUGGAGUCCCCUGGCCUCCGGCACCACAUUGAUUACCCGUGUUGCGAUUAUAAAUUUGCCGACGUCACCUUCUACUUCUUGCUGCACAGGAAGCCCCUCUUUUACAUUGUCACGUUGGUGAUCCCCUGUAUUCUGAUAUCAUUCCUGACUACCUUGGUCUUCUACCUGCCGGCUGACGCCCAGGAGAAGAUCACUCUGUCCAUCUCCAUUCUGCUGGCCUUGAUCGUGUUCCUCCUCCUCAUCCCGUCCAUCAUUCCUCCCACAUCCACUACCCUGCCGCUGAUCGGCCGCUACAUGCUCUUCACCAUGGUGCUGGUUACCAUGUCCAUUACGGCCACCGUCAUCGUCAUCAACAUCCACUUCCGGAGUGCCCGGACUCACACAAUGCCCACCUGGGUCCGGACGGUGUUUCUCUACUACCUUCCCAAGAUGCUCAACAUCAGCCGGCCCGGCGGCUUGGAGCUGCCGUCCGGUAAGAAGUACAAGUCCAUGAAGAAGCACACGAACUACACUCCGGCCAGUUAUAACGCCCCACUGAGGGGCAAGUACUUUUACGACCGGAAAUUCAUGAGAUCCGGUGCGAAGUACAUGGUGAACACGAUCACGCCCUCGCUACUGGAAGAGAUCCAGUUUCGAGACCGACAGUAUUCGGACGCCAGUGAUUCGAGACCGUUAUCAAAGGAGUGCGCCGAACUUAUCGAUCACGUCGAAACCAUUGCGAAGUAUUUUCAAAUGGAGGAUGAACAUUACAAAGGAGCGGAGGAUUGGAAGUUCGUUGCCAUGGUAGUUGACCGAGUCUUUCUUUGGAUUUUUGCCAUCAUGUGUUUGUGUGGCUCGUUAGGGAUCAUCUUGCGAUCUCCUGUCUUCUGGGAAGGCCCCAACUUUCACCAACCAUCAAAUUACACAAAGCCUAUACUUCUCAACGAAACGAUCUAUGGCCGGCCAGAUAUCUUAUAGUCGCUGCACACUCAUGCACUCCACCGCUUGGUGGCGCUCUAGGCCCAAUUUUGUUGCCACAUAGAACCUAAGUUCCUUGAAAUACAUAAGACAGCUAACGCUAUUGGUUGACUGGGAUUUCAUGACAUUUGGCACCCUGAACCUUCUUUAGAAGCACCGACUCCUCCAGGCGCAUUGAUUUACACAGUGUAGUCUGGUUGACAGAAAAACAGAUACACUGUGUAGAGAAACGCUGUGGUGGCUUGCACACUUCUUGUUGCUAUAACAUACAAACUUCUCAAGGAGAUAAGAGCAAAAGUAAACUUGAAUUUCCACAUUUGUUUGGUCGAAACAACUCACAGAGAUCUUCCAUUUUUCAGUGUUUGUACAGUUAUCAUGUUUAUAUUCAAUUUUUUUCCCUGCUUGCACGUUAGUUACUGCAAGUAAAUAAUCCAAAAUGAAAAUAUCAAAACCCUUUCUGUGAAGUAUGUGAACAAAUCUUUCAGGUAUUUAAUUUAAAGAGUGUUUGAUAAGAACUUUCGUCGACUAAUGACAUGCUGCUUUCGGGAUGUUGAAAAAACGACAGUGUGUUACUUUUCACAAUAAUUUAAGAAGAAGUAGUGUGUGGUUAUUGUAAAUGUAUGAGAACAAUCAACUAUGACGAUGAUGCAUCGUAUACCAUGAUGCAUCGUAAACCACGAUGCUUUAUUGAGAAAAAAAUGAUUAUGCCUCAAAUUGAGUAUAUCCCCGUCUUGAACAACGUAAAAGAUUGAGGGAUACCGAAAGUCGAUCAGUUAAGUUGAAAUAAUCGGUUUAUGAUUUGUUUUUAAUCUGAUUGGAUUCAAUGACAUGCUCAUUGUUUUAAAUGUGCUUUCCUUUCUAUUGGGCAGUUACGCAGAGAAUAAUUUUAUGUAUCUCUACGUUAUCAGAUCAGUGUAUAAAUUUUGAAAAGGAUAAUUUCGUCAACAUUUUGGGAUUGUUUCUAAUUUAGUUAUAUUGAUAUUGAUGAGUUAUUCAGCUUCAUCAACCGGUUUGUAAUUAAUCGUUUAUAAUUCUAAAGACUUUUAUUGCCUGUUAAUUAAUGAACUUCUGAAGACAGGUAAUGUGUAAGAGCCUAUGCUGUUUUUUGUUUUCCAAUGCCUAUUUACCAUUGUGUACGACAAGGGCCUCAAAUGCCAGACAAUCAAAUUACCUCAUGUAUACUGUUUAAAAUGAAUGCAUCUCUGCGCCGGCCCCUAAUUGGUUUUUGUGAAUACACGGGGGAAACAUUGGCGCUGCGAUUUGCGUGAUGGUGAUUUUAUUUGUCCAAUUAACGCCGAGUGAAAGCCGCGUGGGUUUGGCGAUCAGCUGCGGCCCCCGCUGCCGAACGCACCAUCGGGCCCCGGUGUGGCGAGUCUUUUUCUCCCCUGCGAUGUGGUUCCAUUGCCAGCAGCUGCUUCGGCAACGCCUGUUUCCCUCCAUGAAACGCACUGCGUGUGCCCCAUUGCAUGUCGACGAAUCAUGUCCAACCUUCUCAUUGCGGGCUUAUGAUAAAAUUUAACGGGGUUGGUACGGAACUGUAUUUGUAUGUCUCGUUAGGUUGUGCCGUUGUUCGACGUUUACGUUUGUUAGUAAUGACGCCCCUGGUGCUGGUUAUUUGCUGUGAAUGGUUGCCAACAGUGUUGAAGUUCUGGAGUGUUUGUCCAAAACAAAAUCGCCUAAUGCUGCGUGCUUGGUGCAACUUUGUCACUUGCUGUGAACAAGAAUUCUUCGGAGUAAUCUCAUGCACUCCAAUAACAAUUAUUGAUGUUAAUAUGUUACAAGUAAACCUAAUGAUAAAUUCACAAAUGGUUGUAGGAAGUUGGUCUUGCGUCCAGCUACCGGUAUACGAUCUUAUACCGACUUGCCCUAAGUGUCACAAUCGAUUACCACCACAAUACUUGGCCUUACGAGAUCUUACACAACUGGCGUAGGCGUGAUUUCCACGAGCCGUGCCUUAGCGGUGUAGUUGCUGCGUAUCCAUCCGCCGCCUGCGGUGGUUUACUUACAAAACCCCGUCGAGCAGCUGUUGUACUGCGCGCUUCUCAUGUUUUGGCGGGAGAUUAAUCGACUUGUAAAAAAGGAAGAAAAGAAAUUCGCAAGUGCUGCAAAUGAUGGGCAGCUUACAGCUGGCGCCUUUGUAAGAAACCUUAGCGUGCAAUUAAUCAUCGUCCUGGUUGUCAGGCGGCCAAGAAGGGGCAUGGUGAAAAUUAUGUUUCUUUUUAUUGCCCAUAAUGUAAACUUUCAAGGGGGGCGCCUCGGGUUUGCACCGUUUUCUCUCCGUCUGCCCGGGGUGUGAUUUGGUCAGUUUAUAGGACCAGGUUGAGUGGCAUAGUUUCCAACGCCUGAUUUACAUGCUCACCCUCGAUGUCAGGAGGCAAGCUUGGGAAGCCCUUAAAUUCUGUGCAGAAAAUGAGGACGCGUUAACUUCAGCUCCGUAUUGCGAAAAAGUUUUAAGGUACACGCACAGGUAUACCGUGCGAACAAUUAAACGUGAUAUCUCAUGCUUGAUAAUGAACAGGCAGCACAGCCCUGAAUAUUCUAAAUCCCGUUGCGUUUCAGAGUUAGUCAAUCCCUUAUGCAUGCAAUAUGUUUUUUUAUUAAAUAUAUGGUUGGUUUUAAUAAUAUCUUCUUUUUAGGAUUCUGUUGGACAAUAAGCUCUUUCAAAAUGUGCAGUCAUUAAAAACCAAUGAUGUAUAGAAAAUAUUUCAAGAUUAUGGGAAAAGACAAAUAUUGAAUACGCAUGUGAGAUGUUAGGAUACGUAUGUGAGAUGUCCGAAGUAUUGAAGUAAAAAUUUGGUUCAACUGAUCCCCAUUAUGUACACGUAUUUUGUAAAGCGUUUCUAUGCAAACUCUGUUCAAUUCUAUUUCGCUCGUUAGGCUAGAGUUAUAGCACGCGGGAGGUUUGAUGCAUGCGAACAUUUGCCUAUCCAUUUUAUCUCCUUCCUCUAAUGUGUUUAGACACAAAAUGCUUUUCCUUUAUAAUUAUUCAUGAUUCAACGAAUUUAUCCCUCGGGUGCAGCCUUCUGCAUUUUGACAACGAAGAGCAAUAACAGUAUCGAAUAUUCGAUUAUUGUUUUCGAUGGCAAUCGAUACGAUUUACUCAAAACAAAUGUAAUUAAUAUAUCAAUGUUACCAGCGCAUUAUUGCCAGUUUGUUUAUCAGUCUUUUACGUGUGAUACUAAUAGCAAUUUUAAUCAUUAAUGUCAAUGCUAUUUCAUAAAGGGCUUUCCGUUUUUGUUUUCUUUUUCCAUUCUGUUUGAUUCAGUCCCGAAGUAACAACUGAUUUCAUAUUUAAGAUUUCAUAUUUUAUCCCUGUAUAUGAAACCGUGCCUAUAUUUAUUAACAUUGCAAACCAAUUAAAUAUAGUGUUAGAAGGAAUUCAACU